AAAUACACACAAAUUUCUAGAAAUAUUAUAACGCAAUCCCCCUUUACCGACUUGAAAUACAAAUGGUGACAAAAAUCUUCCCAACAUGAUUCCAAUUCCCAACAUCAUUGCAACAACUUGAAAAAUCAUGUAGGGCCAUGAAUCCAUGACCCCACUAUUGUUGAAUUGCUUUGCAGAAGCAAGCAGGCAAGCUCUUCAGAAAAAAACCAAUGUGGGCAGUUUGUACAUGGGAGGUCCGGUUGGCACUCACUCGUCUCUAUAUCUUAAAUUUCACUCUAACAGCCCUGCCCAAGUUCAGUUCCUAAAAAAAGUUUUUGUUUUCUUUCAGAAUCAAUAUGGCUAUUUUACAACUCAUGAUUAUGCAAAAUUCGGACUUUAUAGUUGAAUAGCCGGUUUUACAGUUCCAUGUUUGUUUAAUCCAAGGAAUUUUUGUAUCUAUCUCUCUUGUGUUGCCUAUAGUGUGAAGAUUCAAAAGGGUUUUGAUAGUUAGCCGCUGUGAUGAUGUGUUUUGAUUGGUAAAUUGAGUUAUUUGAGGUCUUUGUGGUAAAUGAAGGUGUUAGGGUUCUUACGGAUUGUUGAAAGUGUAUAAAUUUAGUCAGAUUUAGGGUUUUGACCACUUCCUUCAUGUGCCAGUUUCUUCUGUAGAUUCCCAUGUUGUUGAUUUGAACUAAAGUUGGAUUGUUGAUAUGGUCAAUGGGCUCAGCUGGGUUCUUUCUGAUAUGUAUUUUGCAUUCUGUUAUAGCUCUAACAUGUGGAACACUGAUGAUGUUUUACACCAAAGAGAUUUCAGUGUUUAGUCAUGGUAUUGAGGUUGCAAGUAAGCUUCAAGGCUCAACACCUCAUGAUCAGCUAUUGAUCCAAACCUAUGACUCCUUUUCUGGGUUGCUUUUGUUUGCUAUUGGAUUUGUGUUAUUUAUGGUAGCAUUCGUUAACGAUCGAGAAUUCCAGAGCUUCUUUGCAAAAGGGUGUGUUCUUCUUCAUAUUUCGGUAGCUGUUUGGAGAGUUUACUUUGGAGGGGUACUAGAGGAUCUUGCUCAUGAUUUGCCUAGGCAGGUUGUUGGUGAUAUUGCAUUAGCUCUUUCAUGGAUUUUCUUUCUUGUGUAUUCAUGGAAAGAGAAGUAUGAUUAGUCAAGAUUUUGCAUUGUCAAGUGCAAUUUGGUUAAUCUGGUAAAUAGCCUUUAAUGGAUGGAACUCUGAAUCUGAUGGUGGGUUGAAAUUGUUGAUGUGAAUCAUAAUCAUAAUUGUGUACAACUCUGGGUUUUUGCUAAUUGGAGUUUCUUGUAUUCUAUUGUAGAUUUCUGGGUGAAACUUUAUUGUUUCAUAUAUUUGAGAGGAAAAAAAACUGUGUACAAACAAAUUGUACAAAUUUAUCCAUAUAAAGUGAUGUGGUAGAACUGGAAUCUGGGUUAUGCUGUGUGCAGAACUCUGUUUUGGAUUUAGAACAUCCAAGUGCUAGAAACUGGGAUUGCAGAGUUCACUUGAAAUUCAUUUGAGGAUAUUGAAUAUGCUUCAGUUUCUGUUUAUGUUCAGCAGACUUUAAUCUGUUCUUUUAUACGUUUUUUAAUUUAAUGAAAAAUUCCUGUAAAUUCUCUUCAUCUUUAUAUGAAAAUGACAAGAAAAUAUAUUCACA